AUGUAUUUUCUGUGGCUAAUUUCUAUGAUCGCUGCGGCCAUGUGCCAAGGUGAGUUUCCUGUCUGGUAUCAAUUCGACCAAAACUUUCCUUUUUUUUUACAAGGCUGUAAAUUUCCUAUUAACAUGACGGUUUUCUUUUAUAAAGAUAUUUAUGUUGCCCAAGAUAUAGUGAGAUAAGCGGUAUAAGUCGCAGUGAUAAAUCCAAAUACAGUAUAAAUAAAAGAAAACAUAACUUGGACAAAAGUUGGUUCCAACUGGCGCAAGAUAUUGAGAUAUUACAUUCUUGGCAUUAAUAUUUUCAUAAUAUUUCGUAGUUAUCAAUAUCAAGAAUUUCUCAGAUGAAGAUGUUGCAUGAUACAGUUCUUUUAAUAUCGGAAUAACUAACGUUUUCUUUUCUCACGCUUUUAUCAUUUAGACUACGGAUAUCUAUCUGAACACGGAGGUAAUAACAAAUAUUUUUUUUUAUUUCAUUCUUUUAAACUUUAACUUAUUUUGGUUUAGGACUAAAACUAUUGGUCCUUCGUACUCGUUGAAUUUGAAUUUGCCAUAUGUUUGAAUUAUUUGCUUUGAAAACUCUUAUUAAUUUUUUUCGUUCCUUAUCCUUUUAUUAAAGUUCUUUCCGUCGUACUGUUGUGUUUUUGCCUUUGCAUGUUCUUUUUCUCUUUUCUUCCAUCCGCUGUCUUUGUCUGUUAUCUUCUCGCCAAAUUUUCGCCUAUGAUUAAAUCCAAUUUUAUGCAGGCUGAGUGGUUACUGAAUUUAACACUGUUCCACCCUCCUACUGCAGAGAAUAUUGAGCUUGUAAGCAAUACAAGUCAAAAGCUAUUGCGUUGAUUUUAAUAAUUGCGGAAAGACCUACUGAUGUACAUGUUUCUGUAAGGUGUGAAGUGACAUAUUCACUGUGGCUCACGUUUGUCAGAAUGCUGAAAAGUUUCGGCGACCUGCACAAAUCAAUCGAUGAAAGGCAUUUAGCUAACGAGUCUAAGCAAAGUGCAUGGGAAACUCACAAAGUCCAAAAUUGUUAGGUUUAAAAACUAAUAGCUAAGUCACAGAGCUCAAUAACUGAUAAUUUCAGUGACAUGCAAGCUCAAUUCCUUCGACUAAGAUGUCCAAACUUGUUAUUGACGAUUCACGGUUUUUUUUUUUCCCAACAGUCCCGGCUCCAAGCAACUGGUCCAAGGUAUUUCCACUGUGCGGAGGAAAAUUCCAGUCUCCCGUCAACAUCAUAACAAAGAAAGUGAAGAAGAAAAGCUAUCCCGAUCUUAAGAUCAAUUUUGACAACCCAUGCGGCCGAGUGACUGGAGAGCUACUUAAUGCCGGCAGUUCUCCUGUUUUUAACAUCGACGGCUCAAAGGGGGGCGCUAAACUCAGUGGCGGUCCCUUGGAUUGUGACGAGUACGCUCUUCAACAAUUCCAUUUUCAUUUUGGAUGCGAAAAUGGUCAAGGAUCGGAACACUUGAUUGACAACCAGGCUUUUCCUGCUCAGGUACUUAUUACCUCUUACAGUUAUUUUAUGUGAAAUUCGAAAAUUAUUAUGGGAUCAAAUGGGAUAAUUGUGAUUCUUUAUAAAUAAAACCUGUCUCGAUGUAUUAGUUUCAGAUCAAAAAAUAUAUAUAGAGUUGAUACAUACUGUUCCUAUUCACAUGUAUAUUUAUGGACAAAUCGGCCCCGAGUAUACGUCAUUUAUUUUUUAUUUCUUAAUACUUAUGCUCUUGCGGUUUUCUUCGUUCGUUUCUAGCUUCAUUUGGUUUUUUACAACAAAAAGUACGAAUCGUUCCAAAACGCUGUGGAUAAACCUGACGGCCUUGCAGUUCUUGGAGUCCUUAUCACGGUAAAUAGGGCUUGCUGACUUUAAUUUACAAACCUAUGUGUUCAUUUCAUCUUUUAAUUGUGACCGGCCUGCAGUUCGAUGGUGUAGUGAAAUAACUGAAAGACGGAGAAGAAAAGUCGUUUGCAAAUAGCAACGGAAUUGCUAUCAGAUCACUCAUAUAGAACAUGAUACCAUGAAGGCAUUUCAAUUACUAUGUUAUGCAGACUGAAUUUUUAGACAUAUGAGAAAGUGUCAAUAAUUUUUAGUGUAUCUAUAUUUUGCAGGCCACUUGCCCGGGAAACAGGAUUCUCGGAAAUUUUGCAAAGAAACUGACAAAGAUCAUAGAAGAAGGUAAAUAGAAAUAUAACAUUCAAUCUCGAUGUUAUAAGAGGCUUCUGAUAGAUUUCUGCUGUCACUCUUUAAAAGGGUAAUCAGGAAAUGGUGAAAUUACUUGUUUAAAUUUGAUCCUUUUUGUGACACUUCAAGUAAAUAGUUACAUUGUCGUCUUUAAAGGUCUUUGCCGACAUCCUCUUGAUCAAAUCACCACAUAGUGCACCAUGUUGUCAAUCACACGAGCGCCCACGAAGUCAGAAUUACCGUCAUUUCACCUGAUGAAGCACUAUUUUUUUCCUCUCAUAUAAUUUUCCUUGACUUUCUUCUCAAAGGUGCCAGCACCAAUGUGACCGUCGCGGACGGAAUUAAGCUGAAUUACCUGAUGCCCUACAAUAACAAACAAGGGGACGAAGAUGAGGAUGAUGAGGAGGAUGAUGAGGAGGAUGAGGAUGCUGAUGGUCCGGACGCUUUAAAAGAAGACCCCAAAAAGAAAAUCAAAUACUACACUUACAAAGGUUCCCUUACCACCCCUCCCUGCUAUGAAUCUGUUACCUGGAUCGUUUUCAAGGACAAAGUCAAGAUCUCCAAUACACAGGUUAGCUUCAUGUAACACGAGAGUAACACGAAUGUAAGGAUAAGUCGUUAAGGAUAUAGAUUUAUAAUGAUUAACAUUGCAUGAUGUGAACUAGUGUAUCGCAAGACAUUGCUCGGUUGAGACCUACUUUCCUUUCAUGCUCUUGUUCCACCGAGAACAAGUGGUCAAGAUGCAUCACUUUCGAUAAGCAAUUUUUCAAUGAUUGUGGGUUUCUGUUGGAUGUUUCUUUAAGUGAUUAUUAUUUUGUCCUUAAAUACUGCUUUUAAGAAAAAAGCAAACUUGAAACGUCUCAUGACAGUUUUCAUAAAGCGAGGGUACAAAGAUUCGGAAUAUAACUUUUUGGCUAGAUUCAGUGUUCAAGAUACCUCGGAAGACCAACGCAGAAUUUUUUCAGAAAGAGAUAGUACGCCCGCAUCAGUUUUUUAUUAACACGAGGCGACAUGUACAGUUGUUUCAUAAUUAUAAAAAAUCCUUUUCGGUAAACUAAAGGGGGAACCAUAUGCCUCCUGCGGUACCCGUUCCCAUUAAUUACGCCCUGUAUUCUGAGGGAAAAGAGUUCUAAUGUAAGUUUCUCCUUUUUUCCAGCUCAACAAGUUCAGGAAACUGAAGGCUCAGCACGGUGGUGCUCCUGGUUUGAUGUGUGGCAACGUUAGGCCGGUACAACCGCUGUACAAACGCAAGGUAUACUCUGUCCUCUCCAGCCGGGACUGA